AAUUUAUAUGUGUGUGCAUAUUUCCCUCGGUUUGACGUCAGACAGCAGAAUAAUAAGCUACCCAAGAUUCCGCAUUGAAACCCAAAACAAUGUCAAUCGCCAUGUUGUGAUGUUUACAUGGAAGGGGCAUCAAAAUCUGAUGUCAUCACGGUGGAAGACAUAUAGAAUGAACAGUGCACACAAAUCAGAAUGAACGAAGUGUCUUGGCAGAACGGACCGCGAAUGAUGGCCAACGGACCUCAUGAAAUGGCGGGUAGACAAAACAAUAACAAUGUGCCUGGAAGUCGGUCGCAAGACGAUGCUACGGUCGGAUACUUUUUCCAGCGGCCCCAAACUGACACGGAACUUAACACCUACACAAAUAAAAGAUGGGCCAUUGGAGAUGACAGCAUAAUCGAACAUUCUCGAAAUAUGUCAACAGUGCAGGAUAUUGAAAAAGAUUUUCAUGGGAUGUCUUUAGGAAGAGAGAUUCCUAACCCAGCAAAAAAGAUUUGGGAGAUACAAGAUCAACCCAAGCAGGGAGGAGAUCAAAAUAAGCCUAUGUUUCCGGGGAACCCAUGGACCGCAAGAGAAGACACAUGGGGAAAUCAAUCAGAGCAAGGAGCUUUAGGAGUAGACAUGGUUGAGUAUGUCUUGAGUGGAUCUCCCACAAGAAAAGAACUGGAUGCUCGACUUCGAGGGAAAGGAGGCCCACCACCGCCUUUCAUUCAGAAUAUGAGAAAAUUCAAGAUGCAUGGACCAGUGCAAGAACCUGGAAUGGAUUCUCAGGGAGAUAAGAAAAGUAAUACUCCAUCUCCUUUUGAAGGACCAGAUGGAGACAGGGGGGAUGAAAAGCAGGAAAACCUACCACCAAAUGCUUUGUUGCAAAAUGGCUUAGAUGAGGAUUAUAGAAGAAACAGUUGCCAAAGCUCUCCUAAUGGUGAAAAUCAAAUCCCUGGAAUGGAUUCAACCAGAAUGAAUGUAAAGGAAGGAGAAUAUCUAGAGAACAAUCAGCAACUUAAUUUUCCUCCCCCGAGCUGUCAGCUUGAUCACCCUCCCUUUGAUCCUGUAGGAAUUGAUCCAGUACAGUUUGACUACAGCAACCAAAUGGGGAUACCAUCUUCCAUGGACAGUCCAAAUUUCAACAUGGAUUACACCCAGUUGCUGCAGAGACAGCAGCCGAUUGCUGUAUUAACUCAACAGCAGUUCCUUGCUUCACAGCAGCAGCAGCAUCUUGGGUUGACUGCUGCAGCCAUUACUCCAUCCCCGUAUGUUAUCAGCCAGGAUCCUUAUGCUGUGGGCAUACCUAUAGCAGGACCAGCAGUACUUCAUCCUCAGUAUUACGGUGUUCAGGCCCCCUGGGGCAUAUAUCCUGCCAAUUUAAUCCAACAACAAGGGCAGACAACUCCACAGCCAGCAUCACAUCAUCAACAACAGCAGCAACAGCUAAUGAGGGGACAAAACGGGCGUUUAACCCCCAAUCAGAGUGAAUCGAAUAUGCCACCCCAACAGCCAAAUAUGAAUCAGCAGUUGCCUACCCCACCAAAUCCGCAGUAUCAGAUUUUGGCUCCAGCUUAUUAUGACCAAAAUGGACAACUGAUCAUGAAUCCUAGAGGUCUCAAUACCCCAGUACGCCUUGUUUCACCUGCUCCGGUCCUAGUCAGUGCAGCCACUGCUGCAGUUAGUCAACAAGGUGGAACAAGCAACCCUCUUCGUCUUCUAACUACUCAGGCACAACAAUUACAGACAUCAACACCAGUGAACUUUUCAAACAAUAACACCAACAAUCCAAACCAUAUGGGACAGAGAAGGGAUUCUUUGGAUUACAAGGGACGUCAACAGAUGCCUCCUCUGAAUCAGUUUUAUGGCUCUAUGGGAAACAUGUCAGGUUCUCCCGCUGGACCUAUGGGACUGGUACAGCCAGGGCAAAGCAUGACCCCACCUCCAUCUCUCUCUGGGUCCUCAUCCAACUUGUCUCUAGCAGGACUUUCUGGAGGAAAUAGAAUGUAUAAUGCUGCUCCUGGUGCAGAGGCAACAAAAUUCAGAAACAAUCCAGUGGGAUCUAAUGGUUUUUUCUCUGGAUCCUCCCUUUUUCCAAGUAGAAAUAUGAUCACAAGAAGCUCGUUGUCCAAAGAAGGAACUGGAAGGAGUCGUUUACUAGAGGACUUCAGAAAUAACAGAAUACCAAACCUGCAGCUGAAGGACCUUAAUAACCAUGUAGUGGAAUUUUCUCAAGACCAGCAUGGAUCUAGAUUCAUUCAGCAGAAACUAGAGAGAGCCUCCCCACAAGAGAAAAAUGUGGUAUUUAAUGAAAUCCUGGCACACGCUUACAGUUUGAUGACGGAUGUAUUUGGCAACUAUGUCAUCCAGAAGUUUUUUGAGUUUGGCAGCAAUGAACAAAAACAAACUUUAGCUCAGCGUCUAAGAGGCCAUGUUUUACCCCUGGCAUUGCAGAUGUAUGGUUGUCGUGUCAUUCAGAAAGCCUUGGAAACCAUUCCAUCAGACCUCCAGGUGGAAAUAGUGAAAGAACUUGAUGGCCAUGUAGUUAAAUGUGUGAAAGAUCAAAAUGGCAACCAUGUUGUGCAAAAGUGCAUUGAAUGUGUUGACCCCAUUCAUUUACAGUUCAUUAUCGAUGCAUUUAAAGGGCAGGUUCUUGCAUUGUCCACUCAUCCCUAUGGUUGUCGAGUCAUUCAGAGAAUACUGGAACAUUGUACUAAAGAACAGAUUACACCAAUCCUGGAGGAGCUGCACCAGACGACAGAGAGACUGGUACAGGAUCAGUACGGGAACUACGUGGUCCAGCAUGUUCUAGAGCAUGGAUCCCAUGACGACAAGAGUAAAAUUGUGGCAGAGAUCCGGGGGAAAGUCUUGGUCCUAAGUCAGCACAAGUUUGCAAGCAAUGUUGUGGAGAAAUGUGUUUCAUAUUCCUCAAGGGCCGAGAAAGCAAUGCUAAUUGAAGAAGUGUGCGCUUUAACUGAUGGGCCACAGAGUGCUCUCUACAUAAUGAUGAAAGACCAGUUCGCAAAUUAUGUUGUGCAGAAAAUGAUCGAUGUGGCAGAGCCCAAACAACGCAAUAUUUUGAUGCACAAAAUUCGUCCCCAUAUUGCAACGCUCAGAAAGUAUACAUACGGCAAACACAUUUUAGCUAAAUUGGAAAAAUUCUUCAUGAAAAAUAAUUCGGACCUUGGACCCAUAGGAAUGCCGCCAAACGGGGCUCUUCCUUGAAGAAAAGGGGACUAGAGACCAAAUAUUGUUAUUCAUUUCAUGCAUUUUGAUACUUAUAAUAAUAUUGUGGGUUUUCUUUUCUUAUUGUAUUUGAUAUUUUGCUUGCCUUAGAUUGCUAACAUAGUAUAGAUUUGUAUCAUUCUAUUUUUACCAUACGGGCUGUCUUUGAUUGCCAUAUAGCUCAGCAGAGCAUAAUUACACUUUUUCUCAUGUUGUACUAAAUGCAGUUAACAUCUCGGAAAAUUGGGGGGGAUAUCGCCUUUCUUUUUUUUUCUUUUUUUUUUUUUUUCAUGCCAACAAUUUGAUCACAAGUAUUGAUAAAAUUAUGGUCCCUUUAAAAAUAAAAGUUGAGUUUAAGGUGAGGAAGAUUUUCUGCCAUUGCUUUUUAUAUUCAGGUUAUGGUUAUUUAACAUUCAGUGAUUAGUGCAAUAUGUCAGUGCAUGACCCUGUUGAACACGUGUUGUAUUAGAAAGAUGGGUGUCAUAUUGAUUUUAGGGUGUGAUUAAGAUAUUGAGUGUGCUCAUCCUUUUAAAGCAAAACUUGCUUAAACCACAAAAAAACCAUCAAUAGACCCUUUUGCAAUAGCUGCAGUACUGCUCCCUUGCUGGAACAAAUGAUAAAUUUUGGCAAAGUUUUAGUUGGUAGAUGAUUGAAUGUCAUAGAUUAUUGGCUUUACGUCAUAUAUUGCCAAUCUAUGUCAUUUUGCCCUGCAAAUGAGCAGUACCGCAGUUACUGUGAAAGGUUUUAUAGGUCAGAGUAUAUGCCAAGUGUUUGAUGUAUAUAUAUAAAAGUAAUGUAAAUAUUGUAAGGACGUGUAACUAUGCAUCUUGCCUCAAAUACCAGUUAAGGCUUACUCUGUACAGGAUUUAUGUCAAUUUAUAUAAAAAUAGUUGAUGUAAAUAGUGUAAAAAAAAUAUCCAAAUAAGUCUGUUUAUAUAAGUUAUACUUUCCAUUCCAAUUCCUCCGUGAAUUUUAGUUUCCAUCGGAUCUUAAAGUGUUCGAGCAGUGAAUUUGUACAUACCAAAUGAAUGCAAUACAGCAAUGCUUAGUGCUAUUGGUAUCAUCUUCUACUGAUACCGGUAUCUGAUAUGAUUACUUCUCGAAAUAGGAUUAAUUUCAUUAAAAGCAAUAGAAGCCUUGGCUUGUCUAUUAAUGUAGUGUACUUUUUAACUUUUUUCUUCAGACUUGAAAUUUGUUAGCUUCUGAUGGUAAUUUCUUUUUUAUUGUUGCCUUUGUUAGAAUAUUCUUUCAUAUCAUUGAAACAAACACAGGAUUUAAUGCCGGUCAAUUAUCCUUUUUGCAUUGUAGAUAUAUAUCACUGUACAAAACCACAUUAUUAAAAUUUUCCAAGUGAAUUGUAAAAUAUUGUAUAUUUGUACAAAGAAAAAUCAUAUCACUGUUACCUAUCGGGGGUAACAGUUGUUUGGUGCUAUUACAUCACAAGAGUGAUGUUAAAACUUCUCAUUUUCAUUAUAAGUAUUCUGUAGCUGGAUUACUCUGUAAACAUUUCUGUAGGAAAUUUUGAAAAAAAUUGAAUUGAUUGGACAAUUUGUGUGAUUUCAAAGGUUGAUGCUCGUGUAUUCUCAUCCUAACAUGUAUGGUUAUCAUUUUGUAGAUGCAUUGAAUAGCAUAUGAUCAUCCUUUACAUUUGUUAUGAAGUAGUGAAGAUUGCGCGUUGACUAUAUCUAUUUUGAUGUUAUUUGUUUCCAUGCUUUCAAUGCUUUGCAAUUUUGUUCAUACUUCAUUUAGUGCGUGUGAAUAUUCCUUGUUUUUUUCACUAUUUUGACAUUCAUGUUCAUACGUAAUGUAAUGCAUAAUUCAUACAUAAUGCAGAUGAUUAUUAUAUUGCUUAGAUUGAAGCUUAAAAAUUAUAUUUCAUCCUAAAUGUGUAGAUUUACAUGAUGCAAACUUCCAAGGGUCCAAGAAACAGUAAUGAUGAUAUUUUUGUGUGAUGGGAUCGUGUUUAGUUGCACUGCAAUUUAAAAAUAUGAUUUUGCAUUGUAGAUAUUCACUGUACAAUAGUUUAUCAAAUGUUUCUGUAUAAAUUGUAUAAAGCUUUUUGAAUGUAGUGAAAAUAUAUGUAGCAAAAGUACAUUUAUUCACUCUGAAUAAAUCAUGUCAUAAACCCGUUAA